CUUCCGGCACGAAAGUCAUGGACAUGAUGGUGGCCCCAGUUCAGGUCUCUCGGCUAAUCAAGCUCGGCCGACACUCAGCCCUGGUCCUCUGCAUGGCCUACGGCACCAAGCACUGUAGUUGUCUAAAACCCCGGGCAGAGGAGGAGAGGAGGAUGGCGGCGAAGGAAAAGAAGAGACCAGAUGAGCCGAAACGGAUUGAGAGAGAACCGGCAGAAGCUCAGGAUCACAGCAUUCUCAAGUGAAGCGCCAGGGAGCUC